AACUGAUAUCUUUGAUCUCGAAGAAAACAUGACCGAACCAAAUCGAUACCUUUAUUCCAUUCAUUCUCCAUAUCGUUUUGAUUAAUCGCAGUGAAACGUCAUGCAGUUUUCUCCCGCAGUGGUCAAGCACUGAAGGAAUCAACACCGUGUCACUAUUCGACAAACCAAAAUCCUUCGCUUAGGGAGAGGCCUUCUUAUCGAGUCGGACCUCAAGGGUACCUCCCAUGAACUCGACACCGUUUGCCAACUCAAUGGCCCCAUCCGCACUCGCCUUCUUGAAGAAACGGACGGUUCCGAAUCCACCCUUCUUGAAAACAUCGGCGCGCUUGACUUCACCGUAUUGCUGGAAGAAAUCCUUGACCUCGCGCCAGGUGCAAUCCUCGGUAAGACCACCAAUGAAGACUUGGGAACCAGGUUCCUCUUCCUUAUUCUCGGAGCGGGGACCCCGGCGACGUCCACGGUAGUUGUCACAGUUGCCACCGCCAACUCCAGUCACGUUAAUGGCAAUCAGCUUGUUGGGGUUCUUGGGAUCUUCAGUGGUUUCGAACUCGACCUGCGAUCCUUCCGCCAAAGACUUGAAGCCAUCGGAGGGAUCCUGCUUGAUGUUCGAGUAGUGGACCAAGAAAUCCUUGCCGACCUCUGCAUCCUGACCGUCGGGGGUGAUGAAUCCGAUUCCUCGGUGGUUCAACCACUUGGCAACGGUGCCAACUUGUCUGGUGCUAGAUUCACUCAUCUUCUUUCUUACUAUUAGCUUAUAGUCUUCUACUACUAUAUUUCUUCUUAAGUUGAUAGGGUCGAAUAACUACCGUACCUAACUUCUCUCCUUCUUCUCUCUACCUGCGUUGAUGUUGAUUGAUAACACUCGAGUUAUGAGCACCGCAGUAAAAAACAAUAUUAUCA